UUGCGAUAUAUUUAGUAAAUUGGCGCGCUGAAGUAGUUGUAACAGGAGAAAAAAACGAGAAGAAAAGAAGAACGCUACAAAGAAAAUAGGAAUUUUACAACUUUAAUUUUAACUUAAAAACACACCAAAAGUACAAAAUUUUACAAAAAAGACAGAGGAAAACAAAAUGGAAUCAGAAUUAAGCCAGGCAUACUAUGGAGUCUAUUGUUCUUCGAAAGAAAUUCUCAAGAAUAACCAGCGCCAUUUGUACUGUAGCAUGUUGGAUUUAUUGACGAGCACCUGCAAGACAACGGGUUUGGUAGGUAGUAAAAUAGUAAGCGAUGAAAUGAUACAGUUUUGGUUAUCGGAUAUCUUGGCAUUGAUGUUCGACACGGAUCGUGCCAUACAGACAAAGGCGGUGGAAGCCUUCGAACAGGGCCUUACAUCGAUGGAUGUACAGACUAUACACAACAGCAAGGAAUGGCCAGCCUUGAAAGCCGCCUUGGCUAGUGUACAGGCACCGAAAAUCCACAAAUUAAGGGAGGAUCGAAAUCCGCACUGGCAUCGAGUGUGGGGUUACAUGAUACGUAUACUUGAUAAAGAGCUGUUGAAAGGAGCCAGUACCAUUAAUGCAUUUCUAGCCAUUGUGGAGUUGGGUUUUCGCAGUACAGACAACACCAUACGAGCAGAAUCGUUUUUGUGUUGGCGUUUAUUAAUAGAAAUAUUUGCCAAAUAUGAUGAAUUAUCUUCACCGAAACGUUUGAAACUGAUUUGUAUUCCAUUGAAGAGUUCACAGUCCAAAUCCGCCCAGGCUGCCGAAGUCAAGUUGAGAGUUUGGUGGUAUUUGUUGACACGUUUUGGUAAUAAGUUGGGAAAUAAUUUUGAAACAGUUGUGGAACCCUUUUUGCAUUUCUGUUUUGGUGGCUCCUCAUCCGGUAAACAGGUGGUUAGUGCUGCCCAGCAAUACGAAGUGGUGAGAGAAUUGGCUGUGCCCUGUAUGGCCAAAUUGUUGGCAAGCGAGCGCAAUGAAUUUUUGGAUCGUUGUUUAAGAGAUCACAAAUUAGAGCCUAUGGAUUCACCGUCAGCUCUACUCGAAUUGGAAGUACUGGAAAAACAUUGGUUAUCAGUGGUGAAUGCAGCCUUGGAUGCCAUACGAUUAAUGGGCAACGAAAAUUCGGAAAAAGAUGUCAGUGAGCAGCACCUUUUUCAACAGUUAUUGCGCCACCUACUGCAAAUGACAUUGCGCAAGGAUAUAGCGCCCCUAACAAUCCACGUUUGCUCAGCAAUACAAAAAAUGCAAGCAAAUCAUCCACGCGUUGUUAUAAUUGCCAUCAACACCCUGGCAUCUGAGGGUAUUGUUUUGAAGAAAUCAUCAGAAAAUACAGAGGAGUAUCCCAAAUUAUUGGAUACAUUUGCUAAGCUCUUUAUGUCGGCACGUUCAAUAGUGCCACCGGCCAUUUUAAAUCGUUGUGUCGAUAAAGUAUUCUCAUUGGAUGCCCAGGAUACAGGACGCAACAAAUGGCGCUCGUUAACGGUCAUGAUGUCGACAAUAUUCCUUAUCAAAGAUGAUGAGGAUUUUGAGGCAUUCGAAACAAAGCUAAUUAUUUGGCGUAAUGUCUCACAGGGAAUUGUAAAACAUUUAAAGGAGAAUGCAUUGGAUGUACGUGUCAAAGAAAAUGCCUUGCUAUUGGAACGAUGGAUAUUAUGGCCAGUUCAAGUUUGUGUGGGAUUUGCUGGCUCCAAAUCUACCAAUGGUUUCGAUACGGCAUUUUGUUCGUUGUGGAGACAACUUAUUAAUGCAGGACAGAAUGCUCCCGACAGACGUUCGUUUGUAACAAAAGUACAUGAUGUUCUCAAAGAACUGCUAAAAUUGCGUCACGAGGAAAAUGCAUUUGGGGAACUUUUUGAUGCCUACACCACAGCGGUGAUCAAACUUGAAUGCGCAAAAGACAGUGCACAACAUCAGGAAUUUUUCGCAUUAAUGCAGGACAUAUUAAAGCAACAAUUACCCAAGAAACCAUUGGAAGCCUGCAUGAAUACUCUACGCAACACCUUGACGGGAUUCAAAACAAAUGAGGCCAAUACUUAUUUUGAGCACAUUAAAGCCACACUUUCAGCUGUGGUCAAUUUAAAUGCCAAGGGCACAGUUUGUGUUUUGGAAAAUAAAUUUCUCGACGAAUGGAAAAGAGCUGUCAUGGACAAGUUGCGCACGGCCCUGAGCAAAGAGUUAUUCCAACAAAUGAAGGAAAUCGUAAAAGGUAACAAUGAUGUAUUCAUUGUUGUGCCUUCCGUGUGGAGCUAUAACCCUGACAAAUUAACGGAAAGGCAGAAAGAAAAACUAGCCGAGAAAUCCGAUAUCCCAGCACUUUACAAUGAUAUGAGUCAAUCGCAGGAGACCUCCUUGAAACCAUGGACCCCCAAGAAGAUUGUCAUUGCUCAAAAAGAUAAAUCGGAAAUUGUCCUGGAAGGCCAGCUCUCAGAUGAGGUUGUUGAAGAAUCAGCCGAGCCCUUGGAGAAAACAGAUGCCGAAAAAGCCGUGCUGAGCACGCCAGUUAGCAAGAAAUCGUCGCUAAGAAAUCAAAGUAAAGUCCAGGGUACACCCAAAGAUGCGGGCGAAGAGGAUAAAAAAUCGAAUGCUGAUCAUGAGGUAACACGGGCCACACGCAACUCCAAGAGAUCGAUUUUGGCCCCAACAGAAGAGGAACCCAAGGAAAAGGUUGCCACCACCGAGGACAGCAUAAUAAAAAGACAAACCCGACGUUCUGGUCUGCGCACGAAAAACGAUAACAAAAAAGCCGACGAAACACCAAGCGACAAAUCCAAAUCAUCAAAUGCUGUUGAAAAACCCCAACAGCAGCAAACAACAGAAAACAUAUCAAGUCCCAACAAAAAUGUUGCAAACAAACCAACGGCCACCAUUAUCGUACCCACGAUUACAGAGGAUCUUACCGAUGAUCAUGAAACUGCAGCCACUGAAAAAGAUAAGGAGAAUAUUAUUGUUGUUGAGCCACAGCAACAAGAAACUCAUUUACCAACAAUGACAGAAUCUUUGCCACCAACUGUAAUUGCUACCGCAACACCAUUAACAGCUUGCACUGCCACCAGCACACAAAUGUCUCAAGAAACUGACAAAUCAACCCAAGAUAAGCACCAGCCAGCCUCAAGUGAUGCCAACCAGAAAAAGGAUGAAGGACCCAACAAGAAGGCUACUGGUCCACACACAAUUGAAAUAUUAUCAAAUGAAUUGAUUGAUCUCAACAAAACAAAUACAAAUGCCAUAAAUGAAAUUUUACAAACUAAAGAAGUUUCCCCCAAAAAGACUAACCCAGCAAGAUUUACGCCCCUGUCAUCACCUCCAGAUCGCAAAUUGACCAACAAUAGCAGUAGUCCAACCUUAAGACCCAAACCUUCAUCCCAUCUAACAGGUCGUGGCGCCCAGCUUAUCAAUAUGAUACGUAAUAAAAAGGUCGAUAUAUCAGCUAGUGCUGCCACAUCAACCGCAAGCAGUUUUCCAACAUCUUCGGUGUCCACACCGUCGCAGCAACGUAAUCCCGCUGCUGAACUAAUGGAAUUAACGGGCACGGAUCAGACCUCAACACCAGUACAACAUAAAGAUUUUCUGGUAUUCUCUAAACGUUUGCCAUCUCCCACGGCCAGUCCAUCGGCGAGUAUUUUAAAACGCAAGCUGCGUAAUGACAGCAUUGAAGAUUUAUCCUUUGAUUCGCCGGCAUUUAAGCGCAAGCGAGUUAGUUUCCAUGAUCCACCGGUAUCGGUUACCAAAGAAUAUCUACGAGAUGCUGAGGAGACAAAAACCAAACCUAAGAGAUGUUUAAUAAUGGACAAGGUUUCAGAGGCCAAACAUGUUUUGCGUAGACGCAGUAAAUUGGACAGCCUAAUUGAAAUCGAGAAAUUCAAUAGUAAUACCUCCGAUCCGAAUGCUGCUGCUGCGGCUGAGAAGAACUCAACAACUGGCUCUGCAACCCCUCAACAUACUACCACUACCACCACAACAACCAGUGCACCAUCUUGUUCCACAAAUACAGGUGCUAACAAAUCCGCGGACCAAACAACGACAGAUGAAAGUAUAACAUCUUUAAAAUGGAAUGAUAGUCGUAACACAACAGCUGAUGACAAUCUUGUGUAUGCAGAACAUAAUACUAACACUUCCACAACUGAGGCUAUUCAUCAUAACACAUCAACUACUACUACCCAGGCCGCACACAUUUGUAACCAUCCCGAGCCACAAGAAUUAAGUUUGGACAGUGCCAUUAACAUGGUAUUGGAACAGUGUCCCUUGGAAACAAUUCUGGAGAAAUAUUUUACAAAUGAAAAUUCACCACAACUCAAAUCGUCCCAUAUUGUUGCGAAAUUUCUUUCCAAUGCCAUGGAAACUCAUUCAAAAAUCAAAACCAAUGUCUUGGAGACAUUGUCGGAGAACCAUUCAAAAGAUUUCUUAGAUCAUGCUGUGCAGGAGAAUCUGUCUUCUGUUGUAUGCGAUCGUUUAAAUUUGAAUUCGGUUAUAGAUUAUAUUUGUGCCAAGUCGAAAAUUAAUUCUGGUUGUCGCAACAAUUUGCUACAGCAAUUGCCCGACAUAUUGAAGCAUAGCAAAAAUGAUGUUGAACGUUUUGAGUUGGUUAAGAAUCUGUUGCAACAGUGUCAAUUUACCGAUGAACAUAUAUUGGAUUUAAUCAAUGUUCUGAUGCAGGUUCGUUCCGGUCGAACGAUGGGCGAUCAUGCAACAAUGGUCUCGGAAUCGGCCGUCGAUUCAUCUUCAAAUCUAUAAAUACAAAAACAAAAACAAAUUAGUUAACGCACGCAAAUAAACAAAUCAAAUAUGGAAGAAUUGCAACCAUCGAAAUUUGUAAUGUACAACAACAACAAAAAUCAUUUUUUUUUAUUAUCUAUUAUUAAUUUUAUUUACAUAUAUAUACACCCCCAUGCCCACAUUAUUAUUCACUUUAUAUGUUAUACACAAACGCGCCCCCCCUAAAAAACAAACACAUCGUUUAAUAAUUUAUUUAAAAUUUUAUUAUAUUUGUUAAAUAAUAUAUGUAUACAGGCAUACAUAUAUAAAAAAACAACAACCACAAUUGAAAAUAAACAAAAAAUACAUUUGUAUAAUAAAAAAAAAAUAUAUUGGUUAUGUUAUGUUUACAACAAAAAAACACACACGCAGUAUGUUUAGCUUACAAUAUAUCCACACAACAACAAAUUCUUAUUACUAUUAUUAUUAUUAUUGAUCAAGUUUAAAGAGGGUUUUAUUUUCGAAUAAAUUUUUAAAUAGUUUAGUACUUAAAAAAAA